GUAUCAAAAGGUUGUGAACGGAUGUCAUGUUUUAUUCAAACAACAAGGAUCUAUUAGAGUCUGAUCUUCAGUACAAGUCUUAGUGAAGGUGAAUCCUUCUUCCAACGCGGCAGGUCUAAUUUAUUUAUUAGAAAUGAUUCAAUGAUAAAACGGUUACAUGAAAAAAAGAGACUAUGUGGAUUGUACAGGCAUGAAAUAUGAUUUUUUAACAGCUGAGGACAAAUGAAAAGAAAAAUUAUUUUUAGGGACAAUAUAAUUAAACUAGAGAGCCUGUAAAGUAUUGUGGUUGUGGUUCACGGUUUGACAUCUUAUGCGUCUGGUCCAAAAUGACAACUAACAUACAUCUCUUAGUCUAUUGUUUUCUUUUUUUUUUGUAUCAACAAUCAAAGAAAAAAAACAACUCUGACAGUGCUUAGCUUUUAAACUCCUAUUAUUUGUUGACUGUUUUACCCCUGUGCAAAAAGUUAUGCAUCUUUUACUUAAAACUUCUCUGAACUAUCUUGUGUUAACUAAACCAAUGUGGAACACGUUUCCAUAACUCUGUUGAAUAUAUACAACGUUUCAUUUCUUAGAUUGCACGUAGAUAUAAUAUUUGGGAAAUAUAAGAUUUGUAAACCAAUUUGAUACAAUUUUUUAGUGCUAUGAAUAAGAACAAUAGAAACCGCAUUAUUGUUAAACUGGUGGUAAUAACAUGAUUUGGGCCAGUUUUUCUGUUACUUUGGCAUUAGAUGCAGUAGGUAUACUUAAGAUGUAAACUAUCUGUGUUGAUUAUUUUCCCUGAGAAAAGCAGGCUCAAUCUACUGUAUUUUUCCCCAUCAGAACUUGUGUGAACAUUCUGUGUUUGCUUAUUAAUUUAACACUUUGGGAUCAAUUAUAGUAGAUGUAUAAAACAAAAACAAAAAAACUAUUUUUUUUUCUCAAUGUAGCCGCACCCUGCACACUAAGACUGACAGAGGAAAGCAGGAAUACACAAAGAUUUGGAAUAUCAGGGGCAGUGAGAGUGCGCGCCUGCUCGCGCGGCUGUUGCGCGGGUUCGAUGGUUUCCUUUGGCCCCUCCUCGAGAAGCAGAGAAACGCAGCCGGGGUUCCGGUGGACCAAUCGGGUUUGCCGGUAAUAUUUUAGUGUGGAGAGAGAGUGAGCGGAUGAUGAGCCGUCGCUGGUAGUCCUUGCUGCUGCUGCUGCUGCUUCUCCAUCAUCUUCCAUCCAUCCUUCCUACGAGCAACGAGCCGUGGAAUAAGCGUCAAACACCGAGGACGAGUCGCAUGAUCGAGAGCGGACAGAUUGACUGGAAGCUUUUUGUUUUGCCGGCCCCUUCUGCAUAAAGACAUGGAACCCCAUUUCCUGAUGAGACUGUGGUGAGACUGGUGCAACCCUGUCGCGCCCUCAGCGCCCCCUUUCGGCCCGGGCAGCCCACCAUGCCCCGGCGCCUAUGAAAGGGUACCAUGUCAGCCGUAGCAUGUCCCAGCAUUCCUCUGGUGGUGGUGGAGGAGGCCCUUGUCACUGCUCCCCGGAAGACUGCGAUGGCCUGGGUAGAGACUACUACCAAGGGCACAGCGAUGGGCACUACUACCCCACAGGAGGUCCGGCAGAGGCUUUGGCCCUGGAGAGGCAUCACUCCCACUCACAUUCACACUCGCACAGUCACUCUGGAGGGGGCACGUUCCCUCGCUCCCACCCCAGCCACCACCCAGCUCUCCAUUCGUUUGACUCUUGCGAAGAGUGCCUGUCCUCAGUCCACGGAGGAAAGAUGCACCGCAUCCCCCCCAACUUGAUAGAUCAGUUAGAUAAGCAGGGUCCGUUCCAUCCUGAUGGCUUCCACACACUGCAGUACCAACGCACGGCAAGUGGGGGGGCCGAGCAACGCAGCGAGAGCCCAUCCCGCAUCCGCCACCUGGUCAACUCUGUCCAGCGCCUCUUCGCAAAGUCCCAUUCCCUGGAGGCUCCAUCCAAAAGGGAAUACAACGGCACAAGGGGAGCCGGAGACUACCGAGGGGAAAGAGGCGGAGGACACAGGAGUGCAGGGGAAGAUGGCCACUACACAGGCCACCAAUCUCGCUCCACCCGGAGGAGCAAGUCCCGGGAACGUAGCAAGAGCGGAGAUUCACGGCAUGAGUCCGGCCGCCGCCACCGCAGCAGGACGGCAGGCUGGUGGAGCUCUGAUGAUAACCUGGACAGCGAUAGCAGCUUCUUGGUCAGUGGGGGUAGACGGGGGUAUCCCAGUGGGCAUGAAAGCCUUGAUGCCGCCAUUCAAGAGCUCACCACAAAGAAGCCAAAGGAGCGGGGCGGCGGGGCGGGCUCUGGAGAGUGCGUGGCCUGCACCACAAUUGCCCUUGCAGGGGGGGAGGGAGGAGGUCAUCAAGGACACCAUGGUCAUUCACUGAAGAGGAGCACAUGGUCAUCCAUGACAGUGAGUCAGGCUAGGGAGGUAUAUCCAUCAACUAGAGGAGGAGGUUAUGACAAAGCCCUGGUUCCCAUGGAGAGCAAACUGAAGGAGAGAACCCUCCACUACCUGCAGGUCCCCUCGGAAGACUGGGGAGGGGGAUACGGCGGCGGGGCAGCAGACAGUGGAGGAGAGAUACCGUGCCGACGAAUGCGGAGCGGCAGCUACAUCAAGGCCAUGGGUGAUGACGACAGUGCCGACUCGGACGCCAGUCCUAAGGCCUCGCCCAAGUCCACCCUGAUUGCUCAGAGGGAGGCCUUUAGGCGCUCUGUUAGCAUGGAUCAAAGUUCCAGGUUCUCCUGUAAGCAGUGCACAGACUCCCACCCCAUCAGCCGCCCAGCGCCCAAAGCCCACGCCCGCUCCCGCAGCUACACGCGCUCUCUGACCAGCUCCCAGCUUGGAGACGCCCUGAACCAUCAGUUUGAGACGGUCUGCGAGACAAUGUUUGGGGAGGUGGAGUCUCAGGCCGUGGAGGCCCUAGAUCUUCCGGGUGUGUUCCGUACCCGCAGCCACAGCUACGUCCGCGCCAUCCAGGCCGGCUGCUCCCAGGAUGACGACUGCCUCUCCGUCUUCUCCAUGUCGGGCCCCCAGGGAAGCAUCAAGGCGGGGGCCGUCUUUCCGUAUCGUAAAGGUGCUCCUCCUCCGCUCCCACCUCGCAUGUCAAAGUCUUCACUCUCCGUGCGAGCUCAGAGCAGCACCGAGUCCACCCAGGACGCCUACUUUCAGGGUAGCGGGCAGAUGGCCCCAGGCUCCGGUCCGGGGCGCCCCAAGCACCACAGCAACUCCAUUGAUCUGGGAAGCUCCGAUGGGCCCUCAAGUCGCACGUCCAGAGGAGGCUACUACACAACCAGCGGUCCCGGGCGUUACCGCCAGCACAGUAACUCUGCAGAGAGCCUAGAUGGGUUCAGGGGUUCCAGAGAGCUGGUUCCCUAUGGAGGGGGUCCUGGUGUGAGGACCAAGCAUAGCUGCUCAGCCGACAACCUGCUGGAGGGGCCGCCAAGGCCGGCUAAGGAGAGGAUUGGAGGCAGCCUGGGGAAGUCGUCCUCUCUGUCUCAGAAUAACAUGAUUCUGAGUAAAGAUGACGGGCGCGGGGGCAGAAAGUGGAGGCCUUCCAUAGCUGUGCAGGUGGACAGCUCGGAGACGCUGUCAGACUCAGACAUGGAGGGGAAGGCUCUCACAGAGGUCCACUCCAUAGGAGUCCAGGUGGAGGAUGAGAAAAGGCGAGCCCGUUUCAAACGCUCCAACAGCGUGACCGCGAGCGUGCAGGCUGACCUGGACCCUGAGGGCUUCCCGGGGCUCAGCAUGGCAGUGCCGACGCAGGACAAGAGUCUUCAGUUUGGCUGCUCCUUUCAAAGGCACUCGUCAGAGCCAGAGUCCGCCAGUCAGUACACAGAGUGCCACCGCACCGUCCACACACAGGGACAGUGGGCCUACCGAGAGGACCUUAUCCAGGGAGGGUACACCCCUGAGGCGUGUCAGGCGGAUCCACGGCCCCACCAGCACCCUCACCUCCCUCUUCGCUCCCACUCUCCUCUGCCAAUUUCUGCUGAGCGUGCGUGGGCCGGGACCCCAUCUCUGGAGGGUCCGCGAAGCCUGCCGGACUCGGGCCGAGCUUCACCCUGCAUGAGAGAUGGGGAGUUCUUCUUGCGCCUCCUGCAGACUGAAGUAGAGAGGAUGGAAGGAUGGUGCCAGAACAUGGAGAAAGAAGCUGAGGAGAAUGAACUUCCUGAGGAGAUUCUUGAGCUGAUUCGAAAUGCGGUUGGCAGCGCACAGAUCCUUAUGUCCCAAAAGGUUCAACAGUUCUUCCGGCUCUGCCAGCAAAGUGUGGACCCAUCGGCCUACCCUCAGCCCACAUCUCAGGACCUGGCUUCCUUCUGGGACCUGCUCCAGCUCAACAUAGAGGACAUCAGGGUCAAGUUUCAGGACCUCCUGCGGAUCAAGGACUCUGGCUGGAGACUCCCACCUGAGAAGAAGGAAGAUAAGAAGCUUCCUCCCCCAUUACCAAAGAAGCCAGCAGGUGGCGUGAGCGGCAGCCUCCGAGCCGACAGUGUGGGGGACGGGGGCGCAGGAGGUGGUGGUGGCCUGGUGGUGCCGCGAGUGGGAGGGCACACCUUACCCAUCAGGGAGAAAUCGCUGGACCUUGGGGACCGUCAGAGGGUGGAGGCGCGGAGGCGGCUGCUGCAGACCAAGCGCACCGCCUCCUUCAGGCAGAACUCAGCCACGGAGAGCGCCGACAGCAUCGAGAUCUACAUCCCCGAAGCCCAGACUCGACUUUGAACGCACCCUCCUCCCUUACCGAGUUAGAUCUUCUGCAGGUUGUUGCCGUUUCUCCCGUGAGAGGUUUCCAUCACUUCUCCCACUUAUGAAACAAGCAAUGGCAGCCAUCGUAGUGUCUUGAAAUUCUGACAUUUUAACACAGAGGCCUAGACCUUAAGUGGUAGCUAGCAGACGACUUGCUGACAGUUUUGGUUGCAGAAUUUCUUUCUUAUGGUUUUGUCCACUUUUUUUAAAAGCAGAGGGUCUCACCGUAGUAGCAUGCAUGUGCGUUUUCACUUAGAGCAUCUCCUUCACAGAAGAUAAAGGGCUUUACUGGCACAAGACCUCUAACUAACUCCCUGAUGCCAUUUUCAACAAAAUGACAUCAGUGUUUCACUUCUGACUCCGGACUUCCUUUGAUCUAUACUUUCUGAUGCUGCCGAUGGAUGGAUCAGAGUGGAAUAUUAUCCGGUUUCCACAAGGUCAGGAAGGGUCAUGCAAACCACAAAGACUCCGAAGUACCAUCAGCCAAAGUUGAACUGGCAUUUCGCUCACUUUCACCGCUCCCGUCUUUUCUGCAGACUCCUCUCAGCAGUGAGGCUCAUUGAAUGUGCAAGUGCUGUUCAUACAUAGAGUGCACACUCACGUUUGCCAAAAAAGAGCUUUUGCAGUGUAGCAUCACAGCCUCCGGCGUCAGAGGCACUAAGUAGAACCUUUUGCUUUUAGCGUUGUCUCUCUGAAGUGUAGGAUGUUUUGAGGAGUUUGUGGAGCGGAUUUUUUAUUUUGGUUCUUUUGUGUUUUUGGGAUGCUUUCAGGACUUGGUGGAGCAAGCCACAUUCUCACUGUGAAACUGAAGUGCCACCAAGUGGUCGAACAAGGACUGAACUAACAACAGUGGUAAAAAAGUUGUCAGGAAUUAUCAGACACUUUAACAGAAACAGCCAUGAGGAGAGGAUCAGUUACUUAUAAAUGUCUGUUCAGUAUUGCUUUAGUGACCUGCUGUUUUGUUAUCUUGUAAGGGAGCCACUAAUUACAAGGUUUUUCCUGUCAGUAUCCACCUAUAAAAAAGAGAAGUGCAUUUAUCUUGAAACCACAAGUUACACAAGAAAAAAAAGUUGUAUUUUGGAGGGUUUUUGUGGAAAAAAAAUCAACAGAUAUAUUAUGUAAAAGAUCCACUGAAUUCUGAUUUUUGCGUUCUUUUCCCAAUCAAUCGGAUAUUGCGAUGCUUUUUUUUCCCCUUGACUAAAGUUAGCACGAGUCCAGGUAGUCUGAAGGGGUCCGGUUUGAGAACCUGCACUCCAGGUAUUUUGUAUGUUUCUUUUGUAGAGAUUUGUGUGACUGCACCGGAUCUAUGGAACAGAGUUCCCAAUCUGCCAUUUCCAGCGGAGAAAUCCAACAAACACAAAGUCUCACAAUUUUUAAGCAUGACCUUUUUUGGAUGGAAUGUGUUGGCAAAAUGGGAUAUUUUAACGGGAGAUGUAUAUUUUAUAAUAUAAUCAACAUUUCUAGAUUAGUAGAGAUUAUCUAGUCAUAUAUCAAAUGUGAAAUACUGCAGUAUUAUUAUGAUAGAUCAUAGUAAUGUGUGGCAUAUCCAGACUCAGUACAAGUAAAAAAAGAAUUUUAAAUUAUUAUCUUGAAAUUGUGAGUCAGGUUUACAGGGUAUAACUGGCAAGAAUGCCAAGUAUAAUCCUUCUUAGGCCUACUAUGUAUCUGUGUGGUUCUCACAACACGUACUGUUGUUUCAGCUCCUGCGUUUCCUCUUUAGAACCGACUACAUGUGCCUAACCAGCUAUAUGUGGGGGUUUCUUGCGGACACAGUUUACACUACGAAUAUAUAGAGAUUUGUAAAUAGAUAUCUGCAGAGAAUAUUCUUCAAAAUGUUUUUAUCGUACCUGCGUAUCUCCCACACCUGCAAUACACACUAAAGACUGGCACAUUUUGUUAAUAUUAAUACUGCAUGUUUUAAGACAGCCUCCUUUGAGUAAUUUUACUCGAUAGCAAAAUUUGUAGGCUCUAACAAUCUUUUUUUUGUGCGUGAUCAAUGAAAGAAAUGAAUUGUAUUUUGCAAAAUGAGUCCUUGAAUGACUUUCUUUCAGAGAAAAAGAGACGUCCCUGAAACGGCAAGGGGGUAGUUUGGAUUUUGAACUGCGAUUUCAGAAAAUCUUUUUGUGAAACGAGCUGCCCUGAUAGGAAAAAGAAAAGAAAAAAAAGGGGGAAAUCACAUCCAUAACAUCUGCAGCAGCGUGGGCCGCCGCAUCCUCGCUCUGGUUACCCCCAAACCUGAUGGCGGCUCGGUGGGGUUCGAUGCAGCCCUCAUCAAACAAAGCACAAAGAACUGCUUUAAUACUGUUUUGCCACUGUGAAGGACCUUUGGCUCCGCCCUUACAAUCCUCAGUCCUGCGCGAGGGGACGGCAAGGAGUUUCUAUGUCAAGUUGGCCUUUAGACACACCGGGAAUCAAUGAGGCUUUUGCUGGAUUCACAGUAGCAACUUCUUCAUUUAAGCUGACUUUUACCUUUUUACUUAUCACAAGUUGAGGUGUCAGUUAGCCACCUUGCCUAGAAACAGGUCCACUACAAACACAGCUUUUGGUUGUUUGUUGGGUUCAUGUGCACAGUGUAAACCCGGGGUCAAUCACGAUUUCAGUGCCCACCGAGACAGCAGACAGACGCUGAUCUGAACUCUUUCUGCUCACUCUUGAAGUGCAUAAACCCACAGUGGACAACCAACAGUUCACUCAGAGUACCUCACUUUCUAGCAUCAGUGUCUUCUAUGGCCACCCAAGUCCCUGUCUCCAAAGGGUUCUGCAAGACCACGACAACACCGAAAAUUCAGGGCCACAAACGCCCCACAGGCAUGUUGUUCGUGCUCUCCGAGCGAAGGGAGGUCCUCUUCCAGGUGUUUUUCCCAGGCUGAAGAGCAGCGGGGGCCGUGGCAACAAUGUCUGUGUGUGUGCUGUAUACUGUGCAACAACCAAGACCUGGAAAAGGGUAGCAGCAGCAGAUUUGAGUUUUCAUUUGACAUUCUUGUAAGGCAGAGCUGCUCUGGAGGAGAAAGCGAAUUUAUAUGGCAGCGGGGGAAACUAAGAUGCAGCUUCUGAACCUCUAAAGACCUCUGAGCAUUUUACUGCUUUUCUUUGUAUAAUUUUAACCAAUGAAACAUUUCUGAUCUGAUUUGUGACCAUUGCUGCAGCCUUUUGUGCGCUUUUCACAAACUAGCACAAACAUUCAUGUCCUCAAAAACGUGUAAAAACUAUUUUGAGCUGUCGUUCUCGUGACAUUACUCUCAAAGGCCAUGAACAAAGAUUUAAAUGCACACUGCAAAGACAACGAAGGGCUAUUGCAGAAAACACAUGAAGCACAACUCCCUUCAGUCUAAUGUAUAACACAUGGGAGAGUAGCAUACUGAAGGCUUUAAUGAAUACUUCCGCCACGCUUCCCCCUUUGCCUCCAGAGCAGCUCGAACCCAUGCAGAUGUUUGACUAAAACUCCAAUGUGCCUUCCGCAGUGAGGUGCAAGUCUUUGCGUGUGUGCUUACUGACGACAAUUUGUGGCUCUACAGGACACACGCCGACAACCACCAGGAUCAGAGAACAGAGCAAUUACUGUGUAAUUAGCAAAAAAUAGAUCCAUUUAAAUGCCCUGCCCCCAUCAUGUUUACAAAAAUGUAAAUACCUGCUACAAAUGGACAUUGCUCUACUCUAUAUUACAUAUAUUGUUAUUACAAUAUGAUUAUUGUCAUUAAAAGGAUAAAUUAUUGCCAUUAUCUUCGUCAUCGAACAUGGUGUUGUCAUUUAUAGCAAUGGGUAAGCGACCUAUUGAGGAGUGAGUUUUGUGUACAGUCAAAGAAUUACUGCUUUAGUUCAGAGUUAGUUGAAUAAACUGCUGCUAUGGAGGAGAUGGGUGAAAGAAAUGUGACAUUUUUCUUUGUCAUUGGAAGUUGUGAACAUCUGAGCCAUCACAUCUGCUUUGAUUCCACUCUAAACAGAAGGACAGAGAACAGAGAACCGUAUUUUACUCUAUAAUGUAGCUGUAGACAAACUAGCACUCUGGUCUGUAAUCGUCCAUCUCGUGUUACCUCGCAGAACCCCAUGGUUCUUUUUUUAAUCACACACAUUAGCCACAUCAGGCUGUUUUGUAUGGCAAGCGAAAAGGAUCAUCAUACAUCAGAAUAAAACGUAUAAACACAGCCUGUUUACUAUCAAAAAGACAGUUUUCUUUACAUAAAAGGAAAACUCAGAAUUCAUUCCCUACUCCUACAUUCAUCCCUACAAGUGGAGAGUUAUCGAAAAAACAUAGUGUCUUUAAAUCCGGUCAUUACUACUUGAUGAAGUCAUGAAUAGUCGCCGGCAAGCUAGGUUAGUGCACGGCUGUCAGUGCUCAGAAAAUACAAAAGAACUUUAUAACUUUAAAAAGUCAUGCAAAAACAAUUUACAGUAAAUAUAUUUAAAAGUACACUUCUGUGCUUCAGAGGACACCCACAUGAAGAAAUGCGUUUCUCCUCCAUGCCACAUCGCGUUCUGGCGGAGGGAUACAUCCUACAGCUCACCCCAAAAAAAAAAAAAACCUAGUCCGGAAACCACUGCAGCUCCAAAUGCCCCUACAAUUUGGAGCAAUAAGGAGCAGCCAGAGGGUUAGGGAAUGAAUUCAGAUUCUGUCGUAAUGCACGCAUCUUUUGCGUAGUCCCAAGAUGCAUUUAAAAACCUGUUAUUUUUCUCCACUUAAGUGCAUGUAGAAAGUGAAAUUCUAUUCUGUGUAAAAACACAUGUUUAAUGUUCAUGUUAGCAUACAAUAGAAUGCAGCUAAUUUACACGCAGCAACAAUGGCGCUUUCUGUGUGAUAGAACACUGCCUUUUAUGUCACGUUUUAAGAUGCUGUUUUUCAUUGCUGUUACUGAUGUUUUUUUGCAACGUCUACCUGACGUACCGAUUCUUUUCACUUGCCAUAGUUGCUGAUUGGUUAGGAUCAGGAUGGUUACUUGUACUUUAAAAUGUUUGGCUUUUAUUUCUUUCCUUUCCAAAUGAAGAAUUGACUAAAACGUAGCAAAAUGAGUCUCUAUGAAGCAGAAAAACAAACAAAGAUUGGCAAUGGAGGUUGUUGCACGACUGCAGUUGUGAUUUGUUCAUUUUAUUUUAUGAACGGGAACUCAAUUGUUGGUUUUCUUCUGUUUUAUGGAUGCAGGGGUGUCAAAAGGAGCCUGUCUUCUAACACUGUAGCCCAGAGAGUUGGCACACUGUGACAUGGUUUAAACAUAGAAUGUAACACUGUCAAUGUUGUCAAAACAUUUUCUAAUGGCCAACAGUAUUAAUGAUUACUAUAAAGAUAUUUUAGCGAGUUAAAGGAA